CACAACUUCCCCUCGAUGCCUUGGCAGCGACGGAGGCUACCCCUCACGGCGGAAACAACCCGCUUGCAACCCUCACGGCGCCUUGUCUCUGUAGAAGCUACAUCGGUGUAUGCCUUAUAAAGUAGCAGAUGCCUAGACUUGAACGAGGGGAUGUGGUCGUUAUUACUUCUUCACCCUUUUUGGAACUUGGUGCUUUCUUGCAUCCUUCUCAUAUCAGCCUUUCCUGGCGCGGAUGCCUCUGAUAUAUCAAUAGCAGUAUCAAACAUGACUCUUACAGCAACCAAGUUCACGCCCGAGGUACUGCUGACAGCGCCACGCCGUUCACCAGCUAUUCCCAACGCCAAGGGCACCAAGGCGCUCUUUACAGUAAGUUGGGUUGAGUACAAGAUGGAUUCGCGUAACGCAUAACAAAAAUGUGGAUGGACUACAUGUGAAUCUGAGAAAUGGUGGGUGGGGGUUGUGUGAAGACUUCCCAGAUCAGACUUCUGGAUGUUGAGUCUGGCCAGUCAACACUCCUUGUCGAUGACUUGAGCGCUAGCGAACCGACAUGGAUUGGCGACGACGAGUUCCUCUAUCUCAAGAGUGGUGAGAAGGGCAACACCACCGUCUUGGUGGACAAGAUCGCGCGCCCAGGAUCUCAAGCAUACGAGGUCACCACGAUCAAGGCCCGGAUCUCGAACAUCAAGAUCAAAGAGCUCACAAACGGCACCGUCGCUUUUGUGUGCUCCGCUUCCGCUACCCCUGAUGGACAGCUCUCCAAUCCCGCCACGGCGAAGAAGCCGUAUUCAAGCGCCAAGGUCUAUACCAGUCUCUUUGUCCGCCAUUGGGACGAGUGGCUAGGAGAGGACAAGAACUCACUGUGGUAUACUGCGUUGGAGAAGAAGAACGGUCGCUUUACGCUGACGGGCCACGGUCUUGUCAACGCCCUGGCAGGGUCGAAGCUUGAAUCGCCAGUACCGCCCUUUGGAGGCACUGGUGACUUUGAUAUCAGCCCCACGGGAUUGGUAUUUGUUGCAAAGGACCCCGAGCUCAACCCUGCCCUCUACACCAAGACCGACCUGUACUAUGUUCCCCUCAAGACCUUCACCGAGGAGCAGCCACCUUCGCCCCAGAUUGUCGAGACACCUGGCCUGGAAGGCUACACCAACAGUCCGGUCUUUUCACACUGUGGACGCAAGGUGGCGUUCACCCGGAUGCGCAGCAAGCAAUAUGAAUCCGACAAGCCUCGUCUGAUGCUUUUACCUGAUAUUGGCGACCUGAGCAAGACUGAAGAAUUCUUCGCAACGGAUGACGGCGAAGGAGCGUGGGACUAUCGCCCCGAAACUAUUCUCUGGAGCGCCGAUGACAAGUCGCUCUAUGUGACAGCCGAGAAGAACGCCCGUGUCCACCUAUGGGAGGUCCCUUCCAACCCAGCUGAUGCCAGGGACACUCCCUCGGUAAUCAUGACCGCAGACGGCAGCGUCAACGAUAUUAGACUCCUCGCUGAGGCCGAUUCCUCGUCAAAGCUCCUGGUGACUAGUACCUCUCUCGUUGAUAAUAGCUGCUACAGCAUCGUCGAUCCAUCCGCCAACACCACCGAUAUCCUCUCGUCGAACUCUAAGCAAGGGAAGACGUUCGGUCUGUCCAGGUCGAGCAUUGGCGACAUCACAUUCAAGGGGGCUGGUGAUUACGACGUUCAUGCGCUCGUGGUCCGCCCCUCGAAUUUCGAUGAAAAGAAAAAGUACCCCCUUUGUUUCUUGAUCCACGGCGGCCCCCAGGGUGCCUGGCAAGACGGAUGGAGCAACCGCUGGAACCCGGCCGUCUUUGCGGAGCAAGGCUACGUCGUGGUGAGCCCGAACCCGACAGGCAGUACGGGUUAUGGCAUGGCUCUCCAAAACGGAAUCAAGGGCCAGUGGGGUGGCAGGCCGUAUGAGGAUCUGGUCAAAGCGUUUGAGCAUAUUGAGGAGAACAUGCCGUACGUAGAUACGGACAGGGCGGUCGCAUUGGGUGCUAGUUAUGGUGGUUAUAUGAUCAAUUGGAUCCAAGGCCAUCCUCUCGGACGCAAGUUCAAGGCACUCGUCUGUCACGACGGUGUCUUCAGCACCCUGAAUCAGUGGAGUACCGAGGAGCUUUUCUUCCCCAUCCACGACUUCGAGGGAACCAUUUACGAUAACCGCGCCGGAUACGAGAAGUGGGAUCCCGCUCAGCAUGUGAACGAGUGGGCCACGCCGCAAUUGAUCAUCCACAGUGAACUCGAUUAUCGUCUCCCCAUAACCGAAGGCCUCGCGCCCUUCAACGUUCUCCAGUCCAAGGGAAUUCCCAGCAAAUUAGUCAUGUUUCCCGAUGAGAACCACUGGGUUCUGAAGCCAGAGAAUAGUCUUGUCUGGCAUGAGCAAGUCCUAGCAUGGAUUAACAAGUACUCGGGCGUGGAGAAGGAGACGCAGGAAGUGAGAGAGAUGGCCGUUGUGGAGGAUAAGAGGCAGAAGCCAAUGUAGGAAACGGCUUUGUUGUUUUGGAGAGCAUGAUCAUGUCCAUAGGUAUACGAACUUAUGAGGUUGGCUGGGUGGUGGUGGGUGGUAAUUGUGAUUUUGAUUCCUUGGUUGACUGGCGAGACGUUUGGCAACAAUAAUGGAAGAGUACCUCGGAUGUUGGAAAAUAACUCUACCUGUUAACGAUGGAUAAGUGGAUAUGCACUCUCAGAAGCUCGGAAAUGUUUGGCUUUGCGGCUUUUUUCGAGAUUGGAUGCCGUUGUUAGCUCGAAGAAGGUGUUGCAUAUUCUUUUUUCUAUCCUCUCUUCUCUAGCUUGAGCGUAGUGUGCUUCGUG